AUUUCUUCUCCAUUUACACUAAUCUUUUUUCAAUUCAAUCCUCCGAGAGCUGCUCUAUCUCUCUCUCUCUCCUCCAUGCUUCUCCACUGCAACGCAAGCUGCUGCACCUCAACCUUCUCCCUCGUCUCCUCCUCUCUCCGCCGUCACGACCAUCCCGAAGACUCGCAGGACACAGUUAUCCGUCGCCGUCACAAUGCUAGAUCCCUUUCUCUCUUCACCCGCCACAACCAAAACCUGAAGCAGAACAAAAACCUUAACGAAUCCCAAGAAACCUUCGUCCCACCGCGGCAUGACGAUGACGACAGAUCGAAGCUGCUCGAGCUCUCUCUCGUGACCAGAAGAACUCCGCAGUUCCCUGGCUCAAUCUACGCCCAAUCAGCUUCCGAUCCCGACAUCGCCUCCUCUCUUCCUUCGCUCCGUAAAUUCCUCGGCUCAGAUGGCGAGGGAGAGAGCGAGAGGGAGAUGAUAGCCAAGGCGCUGGAGAUAAGGAGGAAAGUGACGAAGGAGAUUAUCAAAGAGUCUUUGGUGAGGAAAGGGAGGUUCGGGAUCACGUACGCUACUAAUGUGACUGAUCGUUUGGGUGAGUUCGUUGAUCAUGUGAUGAUCGAAGCUGCGGCUUUGAAGCGUAUGCCGGAGUUUUCGGAGACGAGGUUCAACAUUCGCGCCAGGACGGUGAUAGAGGACUCCAACUUCGUGCCUCUUGUAAGGUGGUUGAAGUACCAUGAGUUUUCAUACAAUAGAAUUGGGAAGAUCAUAUGCAUGUCCAAAGGAAACCUUGACUCCAUAAGAAUCAUGAUCGAGUGGCUCAAAACCAUUCAUGUGAAAGGCGAAUUCAUAGGAGUUGCCUUCUUGAGAUCUGGGGACAACAUCUUGCAACGUAGCCGCGAAGAGCUAGACGAGAUUGUUGAGUAUCUAGAGAGCAAUGGUGUGAGGAGGGAUUGGAUGGGAUACGUGGUUGGCCGGUGUCCGGAGUUGCUUUCUUUCAGCAUGGAAGAAGUCAAAACCCGUGUUGAUUUCUUCAUGAAAAUGGGUAUGAAUCAGAAUGACUUUGGCACUAUGGUGUUUGAUUAUCCAAAGAUACUUGGGUUCUUUUCCUUCGAGGAGAUGGAGAAAAAGAUAAGUUACCUGAAAGAGUUUGGGCUUAGCACAGAAGAUGUUGGGAGACUGUUAGCCUUCAAGCCACACCUCAUGGGGUGCAGUAUCGAAGAAAGAUGGAAGCCUCUAGUCAAAUAUUUCUACUACCUCGGAAUCUCCAAACAAGGGAUGAAAAGAAUCCUUGUUGUGAAACCAAUUCUUUACUGCAUUGAUUUGGAGAAGACAAUUGCACCAAAGGUUAGAUUUUUCCAGGACAUGGGUAUUCCGAAUGAGGCAAUUGGAAACAUGUUAGUAAAGUUUCCUUCUUUACUAACCAAUAGCCUCUACAAGAAAAUCCGACCAGUGGUUAUUUUUCUGUUGACCAGAGCAGGAGUGAGCCAGAAGGAUAUUGGUAAAGUUAUAGCAAUGGAUCCAGCUCUUCUUGGAUGUAGCAUAGGGACGAAGCUAGAACCGAACAUGAGAUACUAUGUAUCGUUAGGGAUCAGAAUCCAUCAACUAGGUGAAAUGAUUGCUGACUUCCCUAUGCUGCUCAGAUAUAACGUUGAUAUACUGCGUCCUAAAUACAGCUACUUGCGAAGAACAAUGAUCCGUCCGCUUCAAGAUCUCAUUGAGUUUCCCAGAUUCUUUAGCUACUCACUGGAGCGUCGGAUAAUCCCAAGGCACACCACUAUGGUUGAGAACAGAGUUAAUUUCAAACUCAGGUACAUGUUGGCUUGUACUGAUGGAGAAUUUGAGAGGAGAGUGAGAGACAAAGUGGAGAGAAGAGAGAGAUUCGAAGCUGGUCUUGACUCUGAGGACUCUCAGCUGCUGGAUGAUACUAUCUCCGAUGAGGAGGUAGCCUCCUCAGACUCUCCGGAGGUAGAGGAAGAUUGAGCAUAACUAGAACAUGAGAGCUGUACAUAGAUGCUCAUUUUACACAUCUAUAUUAUAAAAACAGAACGAUUGUCUGUAUUAGUCUUUGAUUAACUGUAUUAAAACGAAAAUAUCUUUCAUUCUUUAAUGUCUUAAAAAAACAAGUUGAUAUGUAA